CUUACUUUGGAUGACUCAUAAAAAUGUCCUUUGAAGAAUUGCAUUGCUGAAUUCGCAAUGUCCUCUUCACUUAAAUGAGAUCCAAAUAACUGGCACAACUUAAAGUUUUGCAAGUGAGUGCUCUGAUGCAACGAUUUCAAUAUUACCAAAAUUUUUACAUUGCAAAGGUACUAAUCAAUAAAAAUUAAUUAAGUUGCUUAUUCUGUAAUUCAUAACCUAUUGACAUAAGAUCACUUGGUUAAUUUGAUGAUGCUGCCAUUUAUUCAGAGAGAAAGUUGUCAUAGCCCAUCCUAAACCUGUUAAUGUUUUAAGUAAGAAAAGCAUUUGAAGAGCUAACAUGGUAUAAAUAUGUGAUUGAAACAUUGAUAAAAAUAAGUGGACUGGAUUUAGUAGAAAAGCUUUGGAAAUAGAGCGAUAAAUACUAUAGAC